CAUGUAUCUAAUUGCCUAUGGCUUCAUUCGGCAGUGCGGAUACUUCUACCGUUAAUGACUUGGACGCUGCAGCCAGCGAUAUUGGCGCUUACUACCACUUCCACUGCAGGCGCCAUCAUAGUGGAUUCGCCAGGACAGGUGAUGAAGUAUCUGCGUACCGUAUGCUUGCACAUAGCUAAGCAUCUCGUCGCUCUAUGAUGCCCUGUGAGGUUUUUUUGGCUUUACGCUGUGGUUCCGCUCGAGAUGUAGAAGCUCUACGUCGCUGUUAUACUAGCGUGUGUGCAAAGCAACGUGUCAGGAACGUUGAGACAGCUGCAUUAAUGCUCCUGAUACCUGAUUGCACACCCAUGCAUUGCACAAAGAACUGUAGUCAGCUCAAUGACCAGGCGCGCAGGAAUUGAUUGAGGGUGCGACAGUGUAAGGAGACGAAUUUCUUACUGUUCACUACUCCUACAUCGCGAGAAGUAUAACAGUCAUGGGCAGGCGCAAACCCGCAUGCCCAAGCCAGCACCAAGCAAUCCGUUCGCAGCACACCUUCAGCCGGCAUCCAAGG